UGUCACUAAUAAUAACAUGGCAAAUCGUUUCCUUAACGGGAUGGAGGCAAAUGGGAUGUCUGCAAGUAAAAGACCCAAAUUAGGUGACCGAUCAGUGACAGUGGUAUUAGGUACACAAUGGGGAGACGAAGGAAAGGGGAAAGUGGUUGACAUGCUGGCUACGUCCGCGGAUGUUGUCUGUCGAUGUCAGGGUGGAAACAAUGCAGGCCAUACUGUGGUAGUGGAUGACAAAAAGUAUGCAUUCCAUAUGUUACCAAGUGGAAUAGUUAACCCAAACUGCACAGCUGUCAUUGGUAAUGGCUGUGUGGUGCAUAUAGAACAGCUUCUGGCCGAGAUCAAACAAGCAGAGGAAACAGGACUUUCUAACUGGCAGACAAGACUCCUCAUCUCCAACAGAGCACACAUAGUGUUGGACCUUCAUCAGAAAGUUGAUGGCUUGCAAGAGUCUGGUCGCGGCAAGAAUAGCAUUGGCACAACGAAGAAAGGUAUAGGACCAGCAUAUUCUUCAAAGGCGACCCGAAAUGGUCUGCGAAUGGGGGAUUUGAUGGGAGACUUUGAAGCCUUCUCGCAUAGAUUUCAGAACUUGGUGGAUUAUUACAAAAAACACUAUGAUGGUCUUGAAAUUGAUGUCCAGAAAGAACUGAAUGUGUAUAAGAGUCUUGCAGAGAAAUUGCGUCCAUUUGUGGUAGAUACUAUUCAGUAUCUCAACAAAGCUGUGACCUCUGGGAAAACUGUCCUUGUGGAGGGUGCACAGUCAAAUGUACUGGAUAUUGACUUUGGUUUAUAUCCAUAUGUUACAUCAUCCAACUGCAGUGUGGGUGGGGUAUGUACGGGUCUGGGCCUCCCACCUCACAUGAUUGGCAACGUAUAUGGCGUUGUAAAGGCUUACCUUACGCGUGUUGGGUCUGGGGGAUUUCCAACAGAACUCUUUUGUGAGCAGGGUGAGCUUCUGGUUAACCGAGGGCACGAAUAUGGCGUAACCACGGGACGAACACGGCGGGUAGGCUGGCUUGACAUGGUCAUGCUGCGCUACUCACAGAUGAUUAAUGGCUUCACAGGCAUUGCGAUAACAAAACUGGAUAUUCUGGAUGUGUUUGAGGAAAUCAAGAUUGGCAUCGCCUAUGACAUCAAUGGCAAGCAGAUUACUGACAGCUUCCCAGCUACAGACGAGGAGUUGAAACAGGUUGAGGUGGAGUACCUGACAAUGCCAGGCUGGUGCACAAACACAGAGAAUGUACGCCAGUUUUCUGAUCUUCCCCAAAAGGCCCAGGAUUACGUCCGCAAAAUCGAGGAGCUCAUGGGAGUACCAGUAAAUUGGAUUGGAGUGGGACAGGCCAGAGCUUCAAUAAUAGAGCUUUUCUAGAUGUACACAACUUGAACAUUUAAUCCAGAAAUUGCUGUGUAAAGUUGUAACUCUUAAGAUGGACAAUGAAUUAAAAUAAACAUCUAAUGGAAUAAUUUGGGAAAUGUCUUUGCCUAUAUGUGGGUAACAGCAUACUUACAUCUUUGUAUGUGGGUAAUGUCUUUGUUUUUAUGUGGGUAACAUCUUUGUGUUUUUGUGGGUAACGUCUGUCUUCAUGUAGGUAUUGCUACCAAGAGCAUACAUGUAUUUUAAUAGUUGUUGGAAAAUAUGCUGAUUUUAAUCUGUUUUGAUGCAUGCAAUUGCAUGUUUGUUUUACUUUUAGGUAUAUUUUUAAUUUCAAUAAUACCCGUACGCUACUUUUUUGUGAUGAGAAUUGGUGUUCAAAAAUGCAAACCGUGCAAAAUGUAAACAUUUUGCAAUUGUAGUUGGCUUUUUUCUGUGAGUUUUAAAGGAAUACAUAUUGUGUUGAUACUUGAAUCAUUUGUAUAUAUCAUUUAUUUUGUGUUUAUAACAAGCAAUGAAUUAUUGUACAUUUGUCAUGUUUAUCUCGUCAUUAUAGACAGAGCACAUGCAUGUAAACAAAUUGAUUUACCAUCUAUAUUUAAUGGAAUACUCUUUAACUGGAAAUUGUUAAUAAAUAUGUUUAGUUUUAACAGCUGGUAUAGGGGGUAACUAAUGAAUUUCUCAAGCUGGGUGCCUUUUGGUGCUUUAGUUUUAAAGUAGGUAAAUUAUGUCAUUUAAACAUUGUUGCAUUCUCAAACGUACAGAAGUAUCUCUUUAUCCACAUCAUUCCCAUAUAUGAAGUCAUCAUUGUCACCCAUACCUAUUGUUUAUUUUGUUGCACCGUCCACACAUUUGCUUAAAAAAUCUCAUGGGGAUUUGUUUUACUUUCAAGUAAGUUUGUAAUUUCAAAACUGUUAAUCUCUUCGGGUAAAAUCUCAGAUUGACAUUCCUUUGUUUGUUACAUUAUGUGCAUACUCCUACAUAGAAACGUUUCAUAUCCCUGCUUACAUAGAAAACCUAUUUUUAUUGUAUUUUUUUUUAUAACAAUUGGAUCUGUAAACUGAAGCCGGUGCUUGCAUCUUGUUGAUAAUACUCGUACAGGAAAGUAUUUGAUAGUUUCUCUUUGCUCAAGUGGAUUCUUGGUGUAUAUUUUUAGCUGGUCUAUUUUUCAAAGAAAAGAAGUCUAGGUAUUGCUGUAGCCUUUGCCAUAACUCAAAUGAAACUUAGUAAACAAGUUACCAGGGACAAUACACACAUAUUUAGCCAGUCUUGGUACGACUACUACCAGGGACAAUAUGUAGCCAGGCUUAAGAGUCUGGUUUUAAUAAAUGUCUAGUUUUGCCUCCUAUUUGACUGGGAAAAAAAUACAAGCUCUGUGGCAAUCUUUUAAUUUUAGUUUUAACUGUUUACAUUAUUGAGGGCAUUUUUCUGAAUGGGUAUGAAAUUGUGUGUUUUUUCCUUAUAUUAAAGUAUUAACACACUUGUGUUCAUGAAAGACUGAAAUUUGAACUUUCAGUUAUAUUUACUGCAAACAUUUUACAGUAAUCUUGAAUUAUAAUUUAUUAAAUACUAGUAUGUAAAAAUAAAUUAUAACUUUGAGUUAGUUCAUGUAAUCUUUUAUUUACAAAAGUAAAAUUAAUGGGUACAGACUUUUAUAAAACUGCCAUUUAUUAAGAAUGCCAAUUUAUGUAUUAUAAUUUUGUACUGAUAUGUUAACAUUUUCUCCAUUAAGUGCACCAAAUUAUAUUUGUUUGAUUAACAGUUAUCAUCAAAAAGCAUACAAAAAGCAUUUUAUCAUUCUUGGCCCUAAGUUGAUGUUCAGACAGUGAUAUUGAAAAAAAAAUAAAAAAUACAACACACUUGUCAGAAAGAACCUAUGAUCAUGAUGCUUAUGCUUGGAUUUUUUUUUCAUUUUAUAUUUGAUGGUUUUAUUCUUUAUGCUAUUUUUAUUGGCAGUGUGUUGGUUUUAUGAACAUUACAUGUGCUCCUCAUUACCGGUUUAAUUCUAUUUUUUCCUCCAACAGUGUAUUUUGUAUGUAGCCGCUGGCAAAUCCUGAUUUUUUUCACAUUACAUGAUACUUUCCAUAUAUCUGUAUUGGGCUGGAAUAAAAUGUGAUAGUCCUUG